ACGCCGCCUUUGUUGUCAUCUGCUUGGAAUGAAUCGAUUUUCCAGGUCGAUGUCAUCGGUGUCCCAUGGUUUUUCUUUGCAAUGCCUCUUGUUUUUGUUGAUGACUGGUUGUUCCUCUGAAGCAGCUGCCAUCGUUUCAAGUAAAAUGGAAUUGCCUGCGCGAAGUUCGAACGUUAUUAUGCAUAUGCGCGUACUUCCCACGCGCCAGCUCAUCAAAAGAACUCGCAGACUAGUGGCAGCCUGAGUCACUGGCCUUAGUGAGCUCAUGAUACCAUUACUUGCAGUAGAGCCGCCUCACCAAUAUCAGCACCUUUGUCUCUUCCUAUGCACCGGUCUCGUCGUGUGCUUGAAAUUCGACUCGGAACAGUUGCUACCACAUUAGCAUGCAGGCUUAUCGGGGCCAACUUGAACUUUGACAACGCCAGACCUAG